AGGCUAGCAGGAACAGCCUGGUGGGGUCCAUCUCGGAUAGACACGGAUGAUGCCAGAGCUAUGACAGGGAUUGCAGUCUUGGCACUGAGGGGUGAUCAAUUAUGGAACAACUACAGGAGGAAGUACCUGAGGUCAAGGAAGAGGAAGAGGAAGAGGCAGUGAUGGUGGCAAGCGGAGCCUCGGACCCAACUGGAGGACCAGACAGCUCGCUGCCUUCAAGCAGCUACACAGACCUGUCGCAGAGCUCCUCGCCCUCGCUGUCGGACCAGCUGCAGAUGGGCUGCGAGGAGGCAGCUUUGGGAGCGCUGAACGUGGAGUGCAGGGUCUGCGGGGACAAGGCCUCGGGGUUUCACUACGGCGUGCACGCCUGCGAGGGCUGCAAGGGUUUCUUUCGCCGGACGAUCCGCAUGAAGCUGGAGUAUGAGAAGUGUGAGAGGAGCUGCAAGAUUCAGAAGAAGAACCGAAACAAGUGCCAGUACUGCCGCUUCCAGAAAUGCCUCUCGCUGGGCAUGUCACACAACGCAAUCCGCUUUGGGCGCAUGCCAGAGGCAGAGAAGAGAAAGCUGGUGGCAGGGCUGACGGCAGGCGAGGUCGGCUGCCAGAACCCACAGGUGGCCGACCUGAAAGCUUUCUCCAAGCACAUCUACAAUGCCUACUUGAAGAAUUUCAACAUGACCAAAAAGAAAGCGAGAGGUAUCCUGACCGGGAAGGCCAGCAGCACCCCACCUUUUGUGAUCCAUGACAUGGACACCUUGUGGCAGGCAGAGAAGGGGCUGGUGUGGAAGCAGCUGGUGAAUGGCAUUCCCCCCUACAAGGAGAUCGGGGUGCACGUCUUCUACCGCUGCCAGUGCACCACAGUGGAGACUGUGCGGGAGCUCACCGAGUUCGCCAAGAGCAUCCCCAGCUUCAUAGGCCUCUACUUGAAUGACCAAGUGACUCUGCUCAAGUACGGGGUGCAUGAGGCCAUCUUCGCCAUGCUGGCCUCCAUCAUGAACAAGGAUGGGCUGCUGGUGGCCAAUGGCAAUGGCUUUGUGACCCGCGAGUUCCUGCGUAGCCUGCGCAAGCCCUUCAGCGAGAUCAUGGAGCCCAAAUUUGAGUUCGCUGUGAAGUUCAACGCGCUGGAGCUGGACGACAGUGACCUGUCGGCUGCCAUCAUCCUGUGCGGAGACCGUCCUGGCCUGAUGAAUGUGAAGCAGGUGGAGGAGAUCCAAGACAACAUCCUGCGAGCGCUGGAGUUUCACCUGCAGUCCAACCACCCGGAUGCGCAGUACCUCUUCCCCAAGCUGCUGCAGAAGAUGGCUGACCUGCGGCAGCUGGUGACAGAGCACGCCCAGCUGGUGCAGAAGAUCAAGAAAACAGAGACAGAGACGUCUCUGCACCCACUUCUGCAGGAGAUUUACAAGGACAUGUAUUAA